AUGGUGUAUUCUUCAUAUUUCUCAUGGAAGGUUGUAAUCAUGGGCGUUUGCCAGGCCAAGGGGACCCACACAAAGGAGGAGCACAAUCCCUCCAGAGGGUGUGGUGAGAAAGCCCAUUUCCUAAGGAAGAAUAUUGAAAAUGGGAGUCCUGUAACUUCUCCACGGAAUCGCGAGCUGCAAACUAAAGCCACGCACUACCUGCGUUUAUUUCUCGAGGGAGCGGAGUCUGUUUUCGGUGGGGGAUAUCCCUUUAAUUCACCAGAUGAGCAGUAUCACGUUGCCUUGACGUUCUUGAAUUCAUGUGUGGAGGUGACACGUAUGAAGUUCCGCUUAAAAACCGUCGUGAUUGUCGAUUUGAUCGAGAAGAUUGCAACUGAAAAAAAACUAAAGACAAUUUUAAGCAUUCUACCUGAUGUGAAGGAAAACUGCGUUGAUGAAGGCUUCGCCCGACUUCUUCAUAUGUGGUUUGAAAAUAAUUCCGGCUUCUCAAAUACGCUGGACAGGGUUGAUGAUGGACCCGUGAUGGUGGGUAAAAAUAUGAAUAAGAAUGCCAAAAAUUUGACUGGUUUUUCAAGUAUUUUAGCUUCUUAUCUUCGUUCGGCAAUUUCGAUACAAGCGAUGAAUAUAUUUCCGAAAUUUGUACACGAUGGAGACAUUAUGACGGUAGAACAGUUUGGGAAAUUUCUGCGAGAGACGCAACGCACAGAUGUAACAGAUUCUCAGGUGAGAGAAAAGUAUAACUACCGUUUUGGUGGGGCAAUUCAUAGGUAUAACUUCAACACCUACCUGGGAGGUUUGUCAACUAACUGUGCUCUAGAUCCGUUACGGACGAAAGACGUUUGGCAAGAUAUGACGCAACCGUUGACUCGUUACUCAGUUAACACAGCACGUAUUGAAAACGAAGCUGAUCUCACGAGAGCCUUGGAGGACAGCUCUAGAGCCUUUCUCUUGAACUUAAAGAAAAAUGAAGAAGGCGUGCUCUGUAGUGGGACUUGUCCCUUGCAAACCAUUCUGGAGAGUAUUCAAAAAAAUGGCUUUGUAACUAACUCCUAUCCCAUUGUUUUGUGCCUCUCUCCGGCAAAACCUAUCUCAUUGGAGCUUAUGGACGAGCUGGCUUGUAUCAUUACAAAGGACUUUUCUUCUUUGUUGGCAAAAGGUCUUAUGUUUGAAGGAUCGAUUAUCAGUGAUCCUAAAUUCAGUCCUGCUGCCCUUCGAAAAAAGGUGCUUCUCUUGGGAUAUCAGAGCCGAUUGAAACCCUUUGUUGGAUGUUUUGUGGCGGACAUGAACAGGGAUGGGCUUGGUGUACGCGUGACGGAUGUUGUUGAGGGUACUCCUGCCGCAAAGGGAGGUUUGUCUAAGGACGAUUGGCUGACCCACAUUAAUGGCGAAGCUAUUCAAAACAAGCAACACCUGCGUGAACGACUGGCCAAGUUUCAUCUUGGUGAAGAAUUUACUUUGAGGAAAGAGAAUUUGGAGGAUAUCAAGAUAGUGGUGGGGGGUAUUGUUGAUACAGAUGACAAAGGUGCAUCGGCUUCCCUAUCAAACAUCUUAUUUUUGAAAUACACCGACGGCAAUUCUGAAAAGCCUUGGGAGACACAGGUCUUAGGAGGGAAAACGAUUCAGAACUCCAAUCUAAAGAGGAAGGAUCUUGACGAUCAUUUUGCACUCUUCUAUAGCGAAGGGAUUAGUGCCAAUUUGGAUCACAUUGGCAUUGCUACCGAAAUGGGGGUCCAAUUUAUCGACACUGGAAUUCUGCAAGAAGCUCAGAUGUGGGCUCAUGGUCGAUUUGUAGAUAAUGGAGGUAGUGGGUAUCUUAUUAAGAGUGACUCUGGGAUGGAAGGAACCGUAACUGCGACGGUAGAAAUUAUCGCCGGACCCCAAGAGAUCAAAGGGGUGGCUUUGACAAAAGGAAGAGCUCGCGUAUACGGCGCUGGCUCCGCUCGCGUCGAUGGAAGCAAAUUUACAUUUAAGGGGUGUAACGAUGCAACAGUUACUGUGAUUGACUGCGAGUUUGCACAAAAUGGAGGUUCCUUUAGUUUCUCUGCCGCGUUUCCUUUGGCUCUCCUGCGUUCCGGAUGUCGGGUCCUACCCUUGCGGCAAACUGGUGGUCCCAAGGAUCUUGGUGUUCCCACACCUUCUGCGUAUUGUUACAUCCGACGAGAUGUUUAG